AGUGGUCUGUUUAAAACUUGAACGGUAUGAAAAACUUUUGUUGUUUAAAUUCUUCGUGGGGGAAAGUUUUGUUCGUUUGAGUUCUAAAAUUUCAUCGGUUUUAGACAUGAUCUGAUUGUUUUACAAUAAAAUUGAAAAUAAAUCUCAAUGUCAUGCCAAAAGAGAAAAUUAGAGGAGAAGGGACAAAACACUCCAAGUCCUGGGAAGCGCACAUGCUUUCAGCAUGAUUCCAACUCUCCACGUAAAAAAAAUUCUGACCAGCAGCCUACUAGAAAUAUCCGAAUGUAUACAGAACAAGAAAGGAAUCGAAUCUUGGCUAUUCUAGAGGCUGAGUUUGACAAAGAGCUAAAAGCUAAGGAAAAAGAAGUUAUUGAAAUUCAAGAAAGAAUUCAUAAAACGCAGAGGAUUCUUCAGUAUCUAUGCUAUGCUGUUGUGGCAGACUUUUACAGUCGAGAGAAGACUAUCACCUCAGUUGCUAGCACUCGACAACGCCGCAUUCAUCCAGCUGUGAAGAAACUUCUCUCUGGGAAAGGCCCCCCAGGUGCACCUGAACUACCUCAAAAUAUUACUAUUCCUGCCGACUGUUCUGCUGCCUCUGGAAGCAAGGAUGCCACAGAAUGUUUGGAAACUAUAGAUUCUGAUGUAUUAGCUCGUGUUGACAGCCCAAAUAGUUGUGAUAGCCUUUCCAGUAAGGAAAAGAAGGUUCCACGGUAUAUUCCACCAAAACCUAAACCAAAGCCUAUUAUUGGCAGUGGAUCAGAACCUGUGAGAGGGGGCCAGAACAAAGUUAAAACAAUAUUGGUUGUAGGAAAUGUUUCUAAGUGGCUACCUCUUGAUAUGAGAGACGACUCUGCUAGUCACAAAUGGAUGGUGUAUGUGAGAGGACCUAAGGGAGAACCUGACAUAUCUAGUUUUGUAUCCAAAGUUCGUUUUUUUCUUCAUCCUAGUUACAGACCAAAUGAUGUAGUGCAAGUUGUCUGUCCACCAUUUCACCUCUCAAGGCGAGGAUGGGGUGAAUUUCCUGUAAGAGUUCAAGUCCAUUUCAGCAAUAGUUUAAACAAACCAGUUGAUAUUAUUCAUAAUUUGAAGUUAGACAGGACGCACUGUGGUCUUCAGACGCUAGGUUCUGAAACUGUUGCUGAAGUUUGGAUUCAUAGAGAGCAGCCCCAAACAGAAGUAUUGUCGGAAGUAAAGUCAUAUGAUGAGCAACAGACCAUAAAACUUGAACCUGAUGAUUUUGAUGAAAAUUCCUUGGUUCUCAGCGAGGAAACUCAAAGUAUUUCUACCAGCUCAUCUGUAGAAUUAUCAAAUUUAUGUACUUCCGCAAAAGUAGAGUCAAAGGAAUCCACUUUUUUGGAAUCUUCUCAACUUAUUACAGAGAAUAUCCAAGAUGUUCCUGUGGGUGAAGCUAAUGAAAAACCUUCUCAACAAUUUGAGCAACUAGUUAAUACAACAGCUAUGACGAUCAAGACAGAACCCUCAUCGGAAUGCGAACAAUCUACACCAGUCAAUAGUACCUCUAAACAAGUUUCAACUCUCAAGAGUGAUCUUAUCACUCCUGCAGUGACAAUGCCGGCAAUAGUUUGUGCACAGAGUUUAAAUGAGUCUAGUCCCUCCAGCCCACAGUCUCUUGUCAAACCAGUAGUUUCUCCAAGAACAAUAAGUGGUCCUCAGACAACUCAGGUUUCACCAGGCAAGGCUGGGACUCAACUUGUAAAGUGUAUUGAUAGUAAAGGAAUGGUGCGCCUCUUGCAAGUGAGGACUGAUUUAUUACCUAAAAUACUGAAAAAAGGGUCAACUACAAUACCAGUCACUCCUCCAACAACUCAAGUAAUCCCUGCUUGUAUAAAUACAUGCCAAACUGCAAGUCCAGCGCCACCUUCAACCCCUGCGGAUGUUGCACUCCCUAUAACAAAAGUUGUACAACAAACUUCUGUUUUGGAGCUUGGAAAGACCACUUCAGCGCAAGUGUCAACAGCAACCCUUGUGCCCAAAUCAGUUGUUCAGCCUCCUAUGUCACAGGUGAUAUCUCAAACAUCGACUACUAUCCCACAGGUGAUUCCAAGCUCUUCAAAAGUUGCACUAACAUCACCUAUAAAAGUUCAAGGAGCACAAAGUGGAAUUUCUAUUCCGCAAGGAGUCAGACCAAUCCUCCGAUUUGUGCGUCCUGCAGGAAAUGCAAGACCUAUGCUUAUUACUCCAAACUCAACUUCUCAACAGUUCAUUCGACUUCCUGCCAAUGCUACAAGCACAGCCAACCGCCCACUUUAUGUUCUAAAAGAUGGGAAACUUUUUAUGAUGAAAAGUGCUUUCAAUGCUGCUUCUGCUACUAAAGUCAUUCCUGGUGCCUCAUCUGCAGUAAGCACAACUGCAAAUAAAAUCAUCUCAGAAAAUCUUACAAGCAAAACUGAAUGUAAAUCAAUUGUGUCAAGUACCUUGCUCAAGACUACUGUAACUAAAUCAGUGGAUCCCAUUAUGACUGCAAAAGUUGCACCCCCAGUUACUUCUGUCAUGACAAGCAGUCUUUCCCAAAUCAAUGCAAAUGUGAAGAAAUCUGGUGAUGUGCAAACAGGGGAUACAGUUUUGGUCACCCCUAAGCCUAAUCUAACAGUGAAUGCAGGAAUAGCCCUCAAACCAAGGUCAUCUGCUGCCAUUGUACCUAUGGUCCGAUUAUUAUCUCCAAAACCUGGCCCCAUUGUAGAUACAGUCAUUCAACCAGUGAAUAAAAUUAAUUUAGCUCAACAGUUUACUCAUCCUCAAAGUGUUUCAAGCCCAACAAAUGCUCCCAAGACAAUUGUAAAGUCUGGAAAGAGCCUUCUGAAACCUGCUGUUAGUCUUUUAAAAUCAAAUGUAGGAGUAGGUAUCGCAACAAACAAUGUGAAUAAGCCAUCACCUAUGCCUACGAGCCUUCAAAGCUCAGUGAAAGUACCCACCUCCUCUCAACCCCCACCAUUAGUACCAGCUGUAGAAAGUUUCUCUACAACUAAACGCAUUGUACUAGGACGAACCUCAGGAUCUUCCACCAUCACAACUUAUUCUCAACAAGCUCUUUUGUACAGAGAGAUUCUUAGGUCAAGUAUUCGAGCAUGCCCUAAAGGUCCAGAGGAAGAUGUUUGGCGAGCAGUACGUUGGAUGGUUAAAAGUUUACCGCUUAUUAACCGUGAAGCAAAAAACCUAGAAUUCAAAAUCCUCCAUCCAUAUUGUGCCCCUGAUGAAAAAACUUUCUGUUCGUGGAAUAUUGGAAAGCAACGGGCCUGUGAAUGGCAGCGAGCUAAGACCGUGCGCUUAUUAUUGAAAGAAAUGGGCUGGGACCUACAAAAUCUUUGGACAACUCGAGAAAUAAUAUUAUGGGCCCGUUUUCAUGGUUACACCCCUGGUCUUCCUGUUUUGAAAAACCUACAGCCUGGGGAUACUCAUUGUGAUGGUAAUUGUGCAAACCCAAUGGCAGCUAUUUGUAGUUAUGGUAAAAUAUCUACAGUGGAAGAGUCUCUAGACAUCUUGCAAAAACCAUCAUCCUUUGCAAAUGCUUAUCAGCCUCCUGAAAUUGUCAGUUUGUCUGAUGAAUCUGAUGAAGAAGUUGAUAUAAUUAGCAACACUAGUACUCCAUCCAAAGUUAAAGUCAAACAGGAAAUAGAAAAUAUUAGUAAUUUGGAUAAGUUGGAGAAAAUGCCUCUUGAUCCCUCUUUACAUUCAUUGGGUGACAUGGUAACAAGGUCAUUGAAUAGUAUUGGAAUCCAUCUGUCAUCACAAGAAGUAGCUCCUGGAGUGCAAUACCCUGCUGCACAGAGAAUGCUUAUACAGGCUGUGCAAUCAUUAGCAGAGGAUUUAGCUAGAAGAGCAUUUUCAGAAGCUUGGGGCAAAGAUAAUUUCACCAGACAACCAGGGAGUUUAGAAACGUCAAACAUAUGUAGCGCCAUUUGUCACCGACCUGAAUUUGAUAUUUUUACCUGUGCAGGACUUGGUAUUUCGUCAAUUAGUGAUAAUCUUCCUUCUGGAAAAUAAUUAUUUAAAAAUCAAAAGCUGUGCGAUAUGUUUUGGGGUAAAAGCUCGUAUUAUAGUUUGAUUUUUGUAUGAAGGGAUGUUGAUGCAAAGCCUCAGAUGGUUCAUGAUGGAACGCAACUGUGUAUUUUUUUUAUUUUUUUUUUUUUCCUCUUUUUGUGUGUUUUGUAUGGUUACCAGUUUAUCUGAAAGUUGCAACUUGACCAAAAAUCUAAUGUUCUGUAAUGACUGAGUGUUUAUUAUGUUUUAAAACAUCUCAAUGAGAAGUUUAAAAAUUUUAUGAGGUUGUUUGUUUCUCAAUGUUUAGAGUUUCUAAUUUUGGUAAUUGUAAUUUAUUUGUAGAUAAAAAUGUACUUUCAUAUUUUCUUACCACCCAAUUUUGUCCUGUCCUGUACUUUCUUAAAUGAAACAAGUCUUGAUAAUAUGUGUUUUAAAGUGAUUUGAAUGAAUCACUCCAUGUGUUGAAUGAAUUUGGUUGAUCAGUUUCUCCAUUGUUCUUUCCCGUUAAUGUCAAAACUUUUCGCAAUGUCAAAACUUUUGGCUGAUGUAAAAAUUAAUAAAAACAAAGAAACCAAAUAAAUGUUAUUUAUUCAACAGAA